AUGGACGUCAAGACCGCGUUAGAACUCUCCAAGCAGGCUGCCGACGAAGAAGCCAAGAAACAGUUCGCAAAUGCGUACAAGAUAUACCGCAAGACGGUGGAAGCCUACCUCAGUGCUACCCUCGCGGUUCGAACCAUGUGCGCCCCGUACAUUGAGAGGGUGCUGCGACUGAAGGACCACGCGCGCGACAUCGACCAAGAGAUCCUGUGCGCGGGCAUGCCCGAAAUGAAGUGCAUUCACCAGCUGUCUCUGCUGGGUCUGCUGCUGCCCCCCUGGUGUCUCACAGCUGUGACGGUGAGCGCCAAGAGAAAGAUAUGCUACACAAACGACAUCGUAGGCAUAGACCCAAUGAAGAACAAGUUCAGCCAGAUUCUCAUGAACCCCAAGUCGAAAGGGGCGUCCGUCAUUCUCCUAUACGGACCGCACGGCAGCGGAAAAAGUUUUAUGGUCCGGGCGAUCACAUCGAAGUAUCCGGACAAGUCUGUCUUCAUUGUCAAUAUUGGUACAUUCAUGGCCGCCACGUCGCAACACGAGGGUGUCAAGUUAGCAAGCGUGAUGAUCAAGAAUUUUAGGAAGCACGACUGCGGCGUUUUAGUUCUGGAGGACCUUGAUCGCCUCUAUUCGCAAAGGGCAGAAGGAAUAGGACGAGAAAUAGAUGCCAUGAGAAAGGAAAUAUUAGCCUACAUGCAGGAACUGAAGGAGAAGAGAGAAUUUCGUGAGGUUGUCGUUGCCACUGCGAGAAAGCCUUGGCGCUUGGAAAAAAGCAUGAUGGAGACGUUUCAGUCAAAGAUAUCGCUCCCUCCGCCGCAGCUUAACGAACGCAUUGCGAUCAUUACGCGCGAGUUGGGAAAAGUAAGGUGUCCUUCCUUCACAGAAAGCGACAUCCAGGAUCUGGCUUCGCGAACCGAACGUUACUCGUGCUACCAAGUUAUGGGCAUUCUGCGACUGGCUUUGGCUCGUAAUUUCGAAAAACUGGAAUCUAUCACGCUUAAGGAAGACGCCGAGAGAGUCGACCACCUAACGAAGGAUGACAUUCUGGUCGUUUCUGACAUACUUCGGCCGGACAUGACCGAGGAAGACAUGGUUAAGUACCGCGAAUUCACGUCAAUCACCACCACAGUCCCAGUGCCGCCUUCGCUGGCUGUGUCCGCCAGCAUUUUGCCACCGGACGUUGGUUCUGCCGGCGCCUUGCUCGCGAAUCCAGCUGCCGCGGCUGUUGAGGACAUUCACCUAAGCGCCGCUAUGGACAGGCGCGUCAGCGCUGCCAUGAGCAGCAGUGCCAACGCUGUUACAGACAUUCGCGUCCAGAGCAGUGCCCAGAGCGGAGUACCGGGCCCCACCGACGCGGCCCCGGAGUUUUUGCGGUCUCAAGGCAAGAUAUCUCUUCACGAGCCCACUCACCGGCGACGCAAGCGUUAG